GUGUAAUAAGCCAAACAAGUCAAUCUCUUACGCUGUAUUUCUGGGAUGACAAUCUUCAGAAUUGGAAAUCUUUUGGAUCAUCCCCUGGUGAUGUGUGUGAUAAAUAUGACCUUUGUGGAGCCUAUGCUUAUUGCAGUGUAGCAGAAUCAAAGCAUGUCUGCCAAUGCUUUAAAGGGUUCAGUCCUAAGUCACCAGAAGCAUGGAACUCAAACACCUCUGCACAAGAUGCAUUCGCGACAAACCAUUAAGCUGCAAUGUCACAACUAGUGAUGUGUUUGUCAAAUAUAUAAGGUUGAAAGUGCCAGAUACCCAGCAUACUAAGCUGCAUGAGAAUAUUAAUUUAGAUGAAUGCAGAAAUCUGUGUUUGAAGAACUGCUCUUGCAUGGCUUAUACCAAUUCAGACAUAAGAGGAGGAGGCAGUGGCUGCGCCAUGUGGUUCAGCGAUCUAAUUGACAUCAAACUGUUUCAAAAUGGUGGACAAGAUCUAUACAUCCGAAUGCCUGCUUUUGAGUCAGGACUUCAACAUCCGCACAAGCAAAAAGUGAUAAUUGCUAGCACCAUUGCUGCAUUUUGUGCAACACUUCUACUUUGUGUUUAUGUUAUAUACAGAGUCCGAAGGAACAAUAUUGAAAAAUCAAAGAUAGAAGGAUAUAUGGAAGGGUACGUAAAUGAUGCGGAUCUACCACUGUUUGAUCUACUAACAAUUAUUACUGCCACCCAAAAGUUCUCGUUGAAUAACAAGAUUGGACAAGGUGGUUUUGGACCUGUUUAUAAGGGAAGAUUAACAGAUGGACUUGAAAUUGCUGUGAAGAGACCCUCAAAUAGCUCUAGACAAGGAAUGACUGAAUUCAUAACUGAAGUAAAGCUGAUUGCAAAACUUCAACACCGUAAUCUAGUAAAACUUCUUGGUUGCUGCAUUCAAGGAGAAGAAAUUUUGUUAGUUUAUGAAUAUGUGGUUAAUGGUAGCCUGGACACCUUCAUCUUUGGUCAAACAAAAGGUAAGUUGUUGGAUUGGCCUCAAUGCUUGGGCAUAAUAUUUGGAAUUACUAGGGGGCUCUUAUAUCUUCAUCAGGAUUCAAGAUUGAGGAUUAUUCAUAGAGAUCUCAAAGCAAGUAACGUUUUACUUGAUGACAAAUUAAACCCAAAAAUAUCAGAUUUUGGAAUGGCCAGGACUUUUGGAGGAGAUCAAACUGAAGGAAACACAAAUAGAGUUGUUGGGACUUAUGGAUACAUGGCACCAGAGUAUGCUAUAGAUGGAUUGUAUUCUAUAAAAUCGGAUGUCUUUAGCUUUGGCAUACUUAUGAUGGAGAUUAUAUGUGGGACCAAAAAUAGAGCUCUUUGCCAUGCAAAUCAGACUCUCAAUCUCAUUGGUUAUGCUUGGAGGGUAUGGAAAGAGGAGAAGGCUUUAGAGUUGAUAGAUUCAAGCAUAAAGGAGUCAUGUGUAAUCUCAGAAGCAUUGCGAUGCAUCCAUGUGAGUCUGUUGUGUGUACAACAAUACCCUGAAGAUAGGCCUACAAUGGCUUCUGUGAUUCUCAUGUUAGGAAGUGAGAUGGAUUUAGUUGAGCCUAAAGAGCCUGGCUUCUUUCCAAAGAGGGUCUCUAUCGAAGCGAAUUCGCAGCCACAUGAAUGUGAAGUAUCUACAAAUGAUGAAUUAACCAUUACCUCAUUAGAUGGCCGGUGAAAUCAAUGAGUCUGCUGCACAUAUCACAUGAACUCAUGGUUAGACAUUUUCCAUUGCUGGACUAGUUUUAGUAACUGAAUAUUUGAAGCAACUGUUUAUCCUGUUGCACAAUAUGAUAAUCGUCACAGCUACAAACUUGUGUUUUUUAUUCCCUAGUUGUUUAGAGUAUUUUCCCUUCUCUAGAUGUAGUUUCACAAAACAUCUAAUAAUUUUAUCAUGAAUUUUAGAAUGAGAAAUAAUGAUUCCCUUUCAUAAUAUUUGUAUAUAAUUGAUAUUAACUCCCUUAGUUAACGUACAACACCACCAAUAUUUGCAUUUCUUUUUCGUUUUGCACUUGGUAUUUCUUUUUUUCCUAGUUAUAUAUGAUGUAACAGAAAGCAUAGAAAAGUAAUCAGGAACAAAGAGUCAAGAUAGCAACAGUAAAACAUGCGCCAAAUGUGUUUACUUUGAAAUUGGAUGUUGGACUCAGUAGUCGUCAGUAUGGAAAGAAAAAUAAAUAAUGGAAAAGUAUGAAGAGUCAAUGGAAUAUUAAUGGAGAUUUAGAGAAUAUUAGAGAUAUAAUCAUUAGUGUUACUUUUUUCUAGCUGGAUGGUUAUUUUAGAUAGUAUGAGGGAUAGGAGAUGUUCAUUUUGUAACUCAAUAAUCCAUUGUACAUAUUGUAUAGAUACCUCAUUGUCUCCCUAGC